AUGAUGUCUACGGUUACAACCCUGAAAUCAUUUCAGACCAUAAGAUGUAGAGUUUCUACUAUUUAUUGUGCAACAUAUUACAGUUUCUCUGUAGAUGCCUCAAAAUUCAGUUUCAGACAUCUUCCUCGAGCUUUAGGUUUCACUGCAUUUGAUAGAGACAAUGUGAGGGAAUGGCCUACACUUCGGAGUCCAGAAAGGAGGCAGCAGAAAAUAGUACCUCAUCAUAGCUACAAUUCUGGGACAAUGUCCUGCUCGGCUCUUCAAAAUACUGGCACAAUGAAUGAUUUGGUACAUUCUGGGAGAAUUUUAUUUCCUGCAUCUGUAAGUCAAACAUUCACCUAUCGAGCGUACUCUUCACCUACAGGUAACAAUCGUGAUUCUGUAGAAUUUACACCAGCAUCCUCCAAGGCAGAAUUUCCUAUACAAAGCACUGAGGCUGGAGGUAACGAGUGGGUUGAUAUCUUUAAUCGAGCUUACCAGUCUGCUUUGGAUGCUGCCACUAACACUCAGAGGAUGGCUAAAGAAGCAUCUGAUGAGGUGGUUCCUUAUAUUGAUCGGCUGUUUGAAUCACAUCCGUAUCUGAAAGAAAUUGUUAUUCCUGUCGGUUGGACUUUAUCAGCGACAGUUUUGGCUUGGCUUGUGCUUCCAAGGCUUCUGAGGAGACUUCACCAUUAUGUCAAUCAAACUUCUAUUGCGUUAUUAUCAGGAGGAUCACCUCAGGAAUCUGUUCCAUAUGAGAAAAGCCUGUGGGGUUCUUUGGAAGAUCCUGCAAGAUAUCUGAUUACGUUUAUUGCUUUCUCACAGCUGUGAGUUCCUCUUAUGAUACGCAUGCUCGUAUGUCUUUCAUGUUGGAUUUCGGAUUUUUCUGCUUGAUUUAUAAUGGAUUUUUCAUCUAUAACGUGGAUGUGAUUUGCUACUAACAACUAUGGAAGGUUUUCAGUAAGACUGGUAAUGCCUUUUUCUAGUGUUUCUUCAGUUAGAAUGCUGCUUUACGGGUUGUGAAUGCAUUACAGAAAAAGGCAGCAUUACUAUUUCACAUUGAAGCAUUCUAACAUCUCUUCGGUUAGAAUGCCUUUUUCACUCGUCUCUUCAUUGAUUUUAAGCCUAAUUUAGUAGCUAGUUUUGGGAAAUUGUGCAAUCAUAAUAUCAUUAAAACAUUUUUUGAGAUAUCACCCGUAAAUCAGACAGACUGGAACUGACCUUUGAACUCGAGUGCUCUAAAAUAACUUAGUCUUUGAUAAAUUAGGUUCCAUCCUAUCUAUUGAACACUUUGUGCGGUAAAAGCCUUUUUUGAAUAACAUUAUCCAAUAUGUCUUGUUUUCGUUUCUCAUGAAUGAGAAAAGUCUUGAGUAAAGGAAAUUGUUUCAUGUUCUGUCUUUGUGGCAGUUUAGGUGGUAAACAUUGACGAUCCAGAAUAUUCUCAGACUUAAUAUCGAAGAGGAAAAAUGUAAACUGUUUACAUGGAAUUGCCUCUUUGAAAGCCCUAUGACACAUUUUGAGUUUUUUUCUCAUCAGGUUGCACUUGAGGAAUGACAUCAUGGAGGCAUACACAUGAAAGUAUUCUGUAAAGAUGCUAAGAUCAUCAUUCACAUAACGUUGGCAUGUGUACUUUUUAAUAUGAAUGAUGUCGAAAAAAUGUGAAGCACUAGUGAUCCAUAUUCUUACAUUCGACCAUAGACCAAGGAGAUUUGUCAACUGUUUUUCUGUUUGAAAAGUCUGACACAAUCCGUGAUCAUGAACUCGCAACAUUCAUCUGUCACCUGCACGCAAAGGAUUCAUAUCAUUUCAUUCAUCUAACAGGUUAUGUAAGCAUGGAUCAUACUGUGAAUCAAGCACGGCUGAAUUAUGUAUCACGAGAAUCAUUAUCUCACUGUUAUAAUACUAGAGAGUUAUCUUGAUACCCUGAUCCAUACGUGUUAUAAUUAUUUAAAGUAAUAGUUAUAAACAACCAUUGUUGUGAUCGUUCAACUAUGUAUAUCAAGCACAUCAUUUACUGUGAAUCGAAGGAGUCAUGCCAUUUAAUUAUUAUGUAAAUCAUUAUAGCCCUUCUUUUAUGAUCGACUUUGCAUGCCAUUAUGGAUCAUGUAAAUGUGUGAUAAGGAUUACAAUUAUAGUCGUGUGAAAUCAUAUCCUUGGGCCAACGUCCUUAGUCCAUUGUUGUAAACGUUUAUCUCAUCACUUGGAUCUUGUAUGCUCAUAAUAGUUAUGAAAUAUACAAAUCUAUUGAAAUCAUACGAUAUCAUGUCAUGUCAUAUAUUUUUACAUUGUUGUUAUUAAUGUGAGAAAUGUGAAAGAUCUAUGAAUAAUAGUUCUUUGCCUUUCUUGUACAGGGGUGUUUUCAUUGCACCAACUACUUCCCAAUAUCUUUCUCAAGCAUGGAGGGGUGCACUUGUCCUUUCAGUUGUUUGGUUUCUGCAUAGGUGGAAGACAAACAUAUUUUCCCUUGGACUCACAAAACGAGUGACAUUAGGGUUGGAUCGUGAUAGGUUGGUAGCUUUGGACAAGUUAUCAUCUGUAGGCUUAAUUAUACUUGGCAUGAUGGCGUUAGCUGAGGCUUGUGGCAUAGCUGUGCAAUCAAUUUUAACUGUUGGUGGGAUAGGAGGUAUAUUUAUGUUAUUGCGUCUUGCAGUUAGUAGGAAAAUAAUGUUCAAUCUUUAAGCUUUACUGUCUUCCUGAAACCACAAUUCUACAACAAGCUUACAGUUAGCCAUUUUCCUUUCAAGUACACUUGGGGGAUAUAUUCCUGAUGUGGUGGUCUUUACUUUUUGGCAGUGUUGAGGGGAUUGGAGAACACCAAACACAUUUUCUCAGUCGAUAUGAUCUAACUAUAAUUAAGCCUGAAGCCACGCCUUGCCCAGUCAGAUAGUAUUCGGUUUUAAGGCUUAAAAUUACGUCUGGAAAGAAUAAUUGAUCUAACCCUUUCCAUAUGUGGACCAAAUUAGGCUUCAUAAGCCCGGAACCUUUUUAAAAUUGUAAUGAGCGAGUCCCAUGGCUACUCAUGUGGCAGCUAGUCUUCCUCCCUUACACUCUUGCUCUCCAGUGCGACCUGUUGACUAUUUGAAUUGUUGGGAUUUGAAGAUACUGGAUCUUUUCUUCUGCCCGAACCCAGAACUCCUUCAUGCUUAAACUCACUGUGGUCCCAACAUUAAGAUUUUGCUGACUGGAUUUCAGUGACUGCUUUGACGUCAAAUGUCACUCAUUGAAUAGUUAUAUCAUGUUGAAUUUAUUUUACUUACGAAAAAAAAACAGAGCCAUAAUUCAUGAAUGAGCUGAUUCGUGUUUUGUCUAUGGAACUUCUCUCUUUAAUUCAGGAUAAUCUGCCAACAUGAUGACGGGGUUCUCUUAUUGGCCUCUCUUUUUCACUUCCAGAAGCUUUUAUUUGUUAAUUUUGUCUUUCUACAAUGAAAGUUGCUUAGUUAUGGAUUCCUGAUUUUUAAAGUUGUCUUUGAGAAUGACCAUUGUUUUUGGUGAUCUUUCUCGGAGUUGUAGAUUUUCUAAAUUUUGUUAAUUUUUAAAAUCUUUGAAACCAUGUUCGAAUCCUGAACUUCAUUAAUAUCUCUUCUAAAUAUUUGAAUACAUUUUUCUAAUUUCUUUGAAUCAUUUUUGAUGAUGUAAUAGCAUAGAAAACAUAGAGGAAAGGAAACAUUGGAAAGUUGCUGAGGUAUGGGUUCCUUUUCCAAGAUGUGUAGGAUUUAGAUAAACCAUGCACGUUGGAUUGAUUCAGACGGAGAUCUCCUUUUACCUUACAAACUUAAUGGAAAGUCCUGCAAGUAAGAUAUCUACGGCUGCAAAUUUUUGCAAAAUGGUCAUAUCUGAUUUUUCGGGGAGUUUGGAAGACUUUCAGAUCGUGGGGAAAGCUCUAGUGAUGAAUUUGUUUGCAGACAAACACGUGAGUCUUAUUUUCCGAUAACAACAACACACCCAAAAACAACCAACGUGGAAAAAAACCCCUCUCAAUUCUGCUGCCAAUUAAGAACCCCACGAGAUGAGGGGUGUUAGGAAGAAUAGGGCAGCCAUGUUCUGAUACUAUGCUGGACACAUGAAAUGUAGAUGGACAAAAUGUGAUUUCCAUCUUAUUACUAGUGCCAGAGGCUAAUAAAUGCAUACAAGAGAUGCCCCCGCUAGAAUGCCUGACAAUGCCACAUUUGAAUACAGUAUGCACAAAAGUUCUAUGCACUUGGAUGAUAAUUCCACAAGAGAAGCUUUUCUGAUUUGUAAAAUCUUCUGCCUGUCAGAGGUUUUAUUUGCCUUAAUGGAUCGAAUUACUGAGGCACUCAUUGGUGUGAUUCCCUGAAGUUGUGCUUUUGAAGGAUUAAUAUGAAUAGGACAUAGCCAUCAUCUUUCUCUAACAUAAAUUACAGCUAAGAGAAUCUUCAUUGAUGCAGGGGUGGCCACUGCUUUUGCUGCUAAAGAUAUCCUUGGCAAUCUUCUCAGCGGCCUUUCUUUACAGUUUUCACAUCCCUUCUCAAUUGGUGAUAGUAUUAAGGUAUCUUGGCUACUUCUUACAUUUGCUGUGGACUUUUCCUCUUUCCCCGGAUUACUUCACAUGAUGGUGAUUUAGUUACUGUGUUUUGGCUAUCAAACUGGGAAUUUGCAUACCCAUGAUAAGAUCCCAAUUUUGUACCCUAGUGUAGUGGCUCUGAAAGUAUAGAUAAUACCUUUCUUCGCAGACUGCACUAUAAGGACCAUCUUUUAAUUAAGUUCUUUAUAAGUUACUAAACCGUACCAGGACUUUAUGCAGAUUCAAAAAUAUUACAGUAGGCAUAGUAGUGCUAGGAAAAAAAUUGCGAGAGACCAACUGAAGGUUCUGUUUUCUUGUGAAGUAUCAGAAUCACAAUAGGUCUCCAUCCAGCAUUUCUUGCACUCUUAUUAGUUUUUAUGAAUUCCUGAUUCAGAAUAAAUCAUUUGUGUUUUCCAUCAUACGAAGUUGGGAUGAAACUUGUGAUGGAUCACAGGUUGUGCUCCUCUGCCAUCUUGGUUAUUCAAUAUCUAGAAUUUUGUUUAAGGCAUAGGUACACUUGAUGCUCUGUUGCCUGCUUAAUUCUAUUCCUUUUCCUAUUUGGCCCAGUCCCAUUUGUAAGAUGAAAGCAUAUCUUGUAAGAUGAAAACCUUCAAUUCAAUGAUCCUGGAUUGGCCAAUCCAAUCGGGGUUCGAUUUAGGUGAAUUGUGUUUAUCCCAAGUCAUUCAAUAUUCACGUGAUAUGAAAUACAUGAAACCCAUGCUCUGGUGUCUACAUAGUUUUACAAGAAACAAUGAAAGGUUGUAAUAAUGUUUUUCCAUCAGUCAUGGGGGUGACGGUCGCAAACUGGUUUGCAUUCUGUCAUAGUGUACCUUUUUCCCUUGCACGUGCCAAAACAAACCAUAUGAAUCCAUGCACCAAAGAUACCCAAAUGCAUAUUUAGAUCAUAAUAUAUGGCUUUCUGAAUGUUUGUGCAAUAUCCUUCGUAUUCACAAUGCUUUUGAUUGCGUUUGUACCUGUGUGUCACCAAUUCCUGGCUAUCUAUUCUACCGAUGAUCUUUCAUUGUUGUUUAUUAUUAUAGUUUUGGCAGAUGGGCGUUCCUGAUUGUUUGUUUUGAUUUUCUUGAACCAUUACUUACCUUUUCAUUCGCUGGACUCAAUUUGUAAAUUUUCUGUGAUUUUUCCUGCUCCAUCUUAUUAUUCUCUCAUGGUGGUCAACAAGUGCAUUGGCAUUACUUUCUGUCUUUGAUGUUCAAACUUCAUUAUACUAUGGUUAUCAUUCAAGAAUCAUUUAUAGGCUGGAUCAAUAGAGGGCCGAGUGGUGGAAAUGGGUCUCACAACCACGUCUUUGAUUAAUCAAGAGAACUUCCCUAUCAUUGUCCCAAAUUCACUCUUUUCCAGCCAGGUAUGUUUUUCUCUUCUUUCAUGUAGUCUUGGUCCAGUAAAUAUUUCUGGACUACCAAUUGAUAUUAGGUAUUGUCAAAUUCAGAUGUUUUAUCUCUGUGAUAUAGUUCAUAUCUCAGAUGCAAUUAUCUUGAUAAUAAGCACAUUCAAUUUUAUUUCCAUUGUCCUAUUAGGUCACCAGCCUGACUUUGUUUAUCUAUAUUUCGAUUCAUGGUAUCAUGAUAGAGGCUGAGUGGUCCAUUCGUUGAGGUUAGACACUGAUACUACCAGAUGGAAAAGAGCAAAAUGAAGAGCUGGAGAAUGGUGAACUAAAACACCAAGAGGGAGGGAACUAUAUUAGAAUUUCAAUUAUGAUAUUCAUGCAAAAAUGUCUACAAUUAGAUUGAGAUUUUUCUUCAAUGAGAGAGGGGGCCUGGAACAAAACGACAAGGAGACCUGAGACUAAUGGAAAAUUGCUCUGAAAGCGUAAAGAUGUUAGGAAGUUGACCCUCUAAGGGUUGACGACUUUUGAGGAAAUUAUUAAGAUAAUUGCAAGUUUUCCUUUUGAAGAAAGGACAGUUAACUAAAUUGGUAAUUUCUCAAAGAAAGGAAAUUCUGAACGAAAGAAUAAAUUUUUUCAAGUUGUGAAACGAUACCCCUAAUUUCACCAGAUCUAAGUGCACAACGUAUGAUCUUCAAUGGUUGAUCAUGAAACGAAGAUAAAAAUGUGAAAGAAAAAUUUAUUCUCAGCUGAUGGUUGGUUUUCAAUCAGCUAUCCAUUCUGAGAAGAUGGCUACUUCCGUAUGCUGUCGUAUUAUUGUAAUAAUGAUCUUAAUCGCCAAAAGAAAAGAGCAAAUUAAGUGUUUGUAGGAAAAUUAGUGAACCGGAGUAUCAGUCAAUAGAGAAGGUGAAGAUUAGUGAACAAAAAACAUCGACAGGAAGAGAAGGAAUUGGUUUCUAUUUCAUCAUAAUAAUUUAGAUACUAUAUGGGUCAAGCCCCUUUUAAAGAGAAAACAACUUGACCAUUGUGAAGCCUUUUUAAAAUUAUUUUGGCUUUUAAAGAACGUUUAAUAAAUUGAAAAGUAAAGUUUCUAAGAAGAUAACAAGUUGUUCUUAUGAAUGGCUAUCAACUAAAAGUGAAACUUCUAAAGAAAUGACAAGUUAGCAUUUUAAACAAGGAUCAAGUAAUCAAAGGAAAUCUCUUAAGGAAAUAAAGGAAAGCAAAUACUCACGGAUAUAUCUGAUUCCCUUGAUCAUGUCAAAACUGUAAGCAAAUCCAGUUCUAGAUCAAAUUGCUUAAUGGAAGAUCGUUUAGGAAAAUGCAUAUGUAAAUUAGGAAUAGGGACGAGCUCAUAUUCAAAUUUGUUGACUAUACAACUCGUUGUUGACUAUAGAGGAGGCUAAUAAUGCUGGUAAAAUUUGGUCAACACCGAGUGGUCCUGAUUCAUUUCAGGAGGGGAAUCUUGAGCCUCAUGAAAAUUUUCUGUUAAUUGGCCAAUGUCACUUGGAUUCGCUGAUUUUGGGCCAGGUAGGUCCUUUAAGGUUCACUGCGGCCUUCUUUUGGCCUGAGAAUGAAUAGCAUAAAAAGAUGCUUCGCUUCUUUAGGAAGCCAGAAAAUCCUUUCCUAAAAGCAUUUGGUGGUCAAUCCUUUCCGAAAAGCAUAAGCAAUUUUUUUCCACUCCUAUCUCAGAGCACUUAGGAUCUAUAAAUAAAAAUAAAAAAGCGAAAAUCCCCAUCUCUCGCUCCUUCUUUCCCAUUUUGGGUGCAUUUCAUUAUUUUUUCUCUCUUGGUUAUUUGUUGCUUGAAUUCCAGUCAAUUUCCAUUGCAAUUGGAGAAAUAAUCUAGCAUCUCUUUAGGAUGAAUGGUCUGACUAAGAAAGAUUCAUGUACAGAUUGGGCGACUUCUGGAAGUUCUCAUCUCAUUUUUUGUGGCUUCCGGAUACAAAUUGGAGUUCAUCCUGACGGAGAGGUUUUAACAUUUCGAUGAAAGGAUAAAUUGUGCUUGGGUUUGUGCCUUGGUUAUUUAGGAGGAAAACUGAUGGUGCUGGUGGCUGAUUCACUUUUUUUCUUUCUAGACAUGCUCUUUCCAUAUUACUUCUCUGAUUAAAGAGCUCAAAACACACAGGUGUAGAAUAUAUUGUCAUCUGGGUUGUGAUCCGCAAUUGUUUUCUUGUUUGGAGCGCUAUCUGUAGUACUUUUGUUAUGCCAUUUGUUGUGGCAUUCCUUGGAUCAUUGAUGCCAUCUACAUUAUUGAAUGCGUGAUUGAAUAGAACGACAUUGCAUUUAUAUCUUUAGCUCGACUGUAGAGCGCCUUAAAAUUUUGUCUGGAUUAUUUUGCCACAUGUUAAUAAAGAUGGCAGUUUAUUCGUGAUCUGUUAUGGAUGUGGAGAACAAGUACACUGGUUUAAUUGUGCUUUACAACAUAAAUCUGUAGGUAAUCGUAAACAAAACGCGUGCUCAGUUCCGUGCAUUAGUGAAAACAAUACCUUUCUGCAUUGACGACUUGGAAAAGAUUCCAGACGUUUCAGAAAGUGUAAAGUCCAUGUUGAAGGGUCAUCCAGCAGUUAUCUUCGAAAGGGAGGUUCCUUACUGUUUCCUGUCACGAAUAGAGGAUUCAUAUGCUGAAUUAACACUUGGAUGCACUCUCAGAAAUAAGGUAAAUGCUUUCCCACUGUCUACAGGUUUAGUGGAAUCUUAGAUAUUUUUGCCCUUUCUCUUUUUUCAAUUAAUAUUUCUUGUGGGAUGAAUGUAGUACUUAAUUUAUUGAAACCUUGAUCUGAAUGUCACCUGCAGAAUGCUUGGAUAACUCUCGUACUCUUUCUUCUGCGUUCCUGUUCAACAGAAUUUCAUUCUUUUUUUUUUUAAUUUUUUUCUUCUUCCAUUUAUUUCUUAGUGACAAUCUGCCCCCUUUAAGUCAUCAAUCUGUGGCACAAUCAUUUGGGACUUGCGGACAUAAUAAUCUAUGCGCAGUCUUGUAAACGACUUUUUAUCUUUUUUAUGAACAGCACUUGAGCUCCAUAUGGAAUAACGCCUUCUAUAGUUUUACAAUAAUAUUCAUCGAAAUCUUGUCGAUUACGUACGACUGCACUCCAUACAUAGUUUAUUUUUUUGAUUUCGUGGUUGUGUGCUUCUGUUUAUAUGUUUGGUGUAGCAAAAUGAUUAAAAAUUGCACAGAAGGGACGAGUUUUUGAUCAUGUGGUUAAAUAUAUAGGUGUACUUUUCUCAUAACCAAAUGGAUCAUAACUCUAAAGAUCGAGUCCUAACUUUAAAUAUAUAGGUGUAAUGCGCAUCCAGGUCGUGCUGCUGUCCACAUGAAAAUUUGUCAAUUGGUUGACUCGAAUUCGUGGGGAAAUUGAGAGAUGACAGGGGCCAGAUUGUCAUUGCAAGUCCCUCCAAGUACUCAUAUUGAAGUCCAUGCAUUGACUCAGAUAAAACCUUUUGCCUUAUAAGUGAUAGAACGUCUCAGAAUGCCAUUUUUGCGCCAAAUAUUGAGUGUGAACGAGUGCUUCUUCGCUUAUAGUCUUUUUAGUUCUGAACCUGAAGUCUUGAUUUUUCUCUGCUUUAAGAAAACCAUUCGACUGAAUCCUUGUGUUUUAUCUUCUACUAGACGUUGACUUUUGAGGAUGCUUCAGGAAGAGUUAUUGUUCUUGAUGUUGUUGACAAUUUCAGAGCUUUUUCCCCACUUGGGGUAAUUUCUGAAGAAAAAAUAUGCAGCCUUUUUGUUGGAGAAAUCCCUUAGAUUAGAUCUUGUUUCAUAAUUCGAAACUGGGUUCGAUUUAAUAAUCCAGGCUUUAAUAACCAUGUUUUUGUGAGUAAUUAACAGGGGAAGGCCGAGUUGUACGCCACAGAGCAGGACAUAUUGCUGCAGGUGACCCAGAUCAUCAGGCAACAUGGCGCCAGACUGGGGAGCACUCUGAACAGCCUUAAUAGCCGCUGA